AUGAACCACUCUCCUCCUAGCCAGGUGAAGAAACAUCUGAACGGUAUCACUUUGCUUUGCCUGGCUUUUGUUAUAUGUAAUAGCUGGGCUGGUAUUGCCGGAAGCCUUCAGCUAGCAAUCCUGGCUGGAGGACCAGCCACCCUGGUCUACUCAAUCAUCGUCGCCGCUACAGCCUACUUGGCAAUAGCAGCAUCAAUGGCAGAGUUGGCAGCCGUUUACCCAACCGCAGGUGGGCAAUAUCACAUCGCCUCUAUCCUCGCCCCAGAGCGAUGGAGACAAGGAGUAUCAUAUACGUGUGGGCUAUUGGCGCUUUUCUCUUGGCUUGUUAUUGGAGUUUCUGUCACCAGCAUUGCCGCCCAGCAACUUAUGGCUUUGGUAGCUACGAGCCUCUCGGAUUUUGUGCCUCAGCCCUGGCACAUUUUCUUUGUCUACCAAGGACUUGCGCUCUUUGCAAUAAUAUACAACACCUUUUUUCUGAAGAAGAAUCCUUGGACACACAAUGUUGCCUGUUUGUAUUGGUGGGUUCCGUUUGUUGUUAUGGAGCAAGGGUUCCGAUCUCGCACAAUCGCUAUAGUUAUAGUUUCCAUCAGCAUUGUCAUGGCGAUGACUAUCAUAAUUGCUACUCAGGAGGCUUCCUCCCGCCUGGCCUGGGCUCUGGCACGUGAUAAGGGGCUAUUAUUCUCACAGUAUAUUGAGCAUGUUCAUCCGCACUUGGAAGUUCCCACUCGGAGCUUACUCCUAAUCUGGGUGCUAACAUUCAUAUGCGGCUUCUUAUAUCUCGCUUCUCAAAUGGAUUACACAUGCGUGAUUCUGGGAUUUUGUCUCUUACUUGCUCUGGCAAAUUGGUGGCUAUAUGCCAAGGACCAUUACAAUGGGCCUGUCAUAGAAACGUGGGAGAGCUAUGAAGCUGAGCCAGCUAGUGUCUCCACCAUCCUUUCUCAGAUAAAAAAAGUGAACGAAGGUACUGCAUAG